AUGCCUGGCUGCUGCGCAGUAAGUUGCCGCAACCGAACAGAAGAUGGGAAGAAACUCUUUGCCAUCCCGCAGGGCAAAGCCAACGAUAUUAGAAGAAAAGUGUGGUUGCGCAGAAUAGGACGAAAGAACUUCACAGCAACUGGAAAUACCCGACUUUGUGAGGAUCAUUUCACCGUGGACCAAUUUGAGCCACUGAUUCUCGCGAAAACUGGUGAGAAAAAGCUGAAGUUCAAUGCUGUACCAAGCAUUUUCUCCCACCGGCCAGUCGAAAAGACACGUAAGCCGCCGUGCAAACGAUUGAGAGAAGACAGUCCUGUCACUACCACGGUCAGUGUAGAGGCAGAGACCACGUGUGAAGUGGAAAGUAUAGAUACUGUCUCUCACGAGGAGGAUACGGACACAUGUAACGACGCUUCAACACUGUGCACCGAAACACCCAUAUCAGGACCAGAGAAUGCACUGACGGUUGCUUCAACACAUGCCGCAUUGCUGAGCAGGAUACAGCAACUCGAAGAUCAAGUUCAAAGUGCGCGACGAAGACUGAACCUUGCACAUAGACAGAGGUGCCAAGCACUCCUUGCAAACAAGCGCAUUGUCGCAAGACUAAAUAAAUUUUUAAAUGAUGACCAGUUGAAGUGCCUCGAAAAGUUGACAAUGAAGGGGGUUCAGUGGAGCAAGAAGACGGUCAUAAAGGCGUUAAAAGUUAGACUAUCCUGUGGAAAACGUGGCUACAGCACUGUCAAAGAGCUUGGACAACCCUUGCCUUCUGAGCGCACUCUGCAACGUCACCUGGAAAUGUGCAAGUUCGAACCAGGGCUGCUCAACGACAUCAUGAGGUCCCUUGCAAUGAAGGUCGAUCUCAUGUCACCAGAGGAGCACCAUGCUACCCUCAUGCUGGAUGAGAUUCAGCUGUCACCAGGCCUGGUCUACGACCCAUCAUCUGGUUCAGUUCUUGGAUCGCCCACCAUUCCUCUGGCAGACGGGACACUGCCAGCUAACACCCUUGCCACCCACGGACUUGUGUUUAUGCUUGGUGGCAUCAGCACACGCUGGAAACAGACAAUUGCCUAUCACCUCUCUGGGAAUUCGUUCCACGCACAGACUGCGAAGGACUUUAUCGUUCACAUUAUCAAAGAAUGUGAGGCCAUAUUCUUGAAGGUGGACGUUAUCGUGACAGAUAUGGGAGGUGGCAACCAAGGCCUGUUGAAGCUUUUUGGAAUUAUUGUUGGGAAGCACAGUAAAAGAAGGACCUGGUGCCCUCACCCCUGUGAUUCAACCAGGAAGCUCCACUUCAUGGCGGACUGCCUCAUCUGCUGAAGAACCUGAGGAGUCACCUGACCAAUGGCCAAGCGAUCUACGUGCCCGACAAGCUUGUAGAAAAGUACUGCCUCCCAGGAAAUGAGGUGUCGAUCGGACCAAUCAAGAAGCUUGUGGAGGUGGACAGUGAUGCUGAGCUGAAGCUGGCUCCUCAUCCGAAACCUUCUUCUGUAGAGCCCAAUCACUACCAUAAGAUGAAGGUGGGGCCAGCUUUCAGCCUGCUCAAUAACGACACAGCAGCUGCCCUGCGUUUACUUGUCGACAACGGGACACUUGACAAUACACCGUUGACAACUGCGUGGUUCGUUGAGACUGUAUUCAAAUGGUUCCGCAUGAUGACUUCGAGAACAACCAAGCUGUAGUAGGUUUGAUUAUGUUCAGUAUGGUAAGGCAGUCCAGUUUCUGGAGGACGUUAUUCAGCUGUUUGAGGAACUGUCAAUUGGUGACUCAAAGAGAACCAGCUAGAAGCCGGUGCAGACUGGCCUGAUACUUGCAACGACAACGGCCCUGCUGCUUCAACAGCUGUUUCUGGAUGACUAUGGCUGCAAGUUCCUCUUACUGAGCCGUUUUAGUCAGGACUCGUUGGAGAACCUGUUCUCUAUCCUGCGGUGCAAGAACCCGGUGCCUCGUGUGAUUGAGUUCAGGUGUGCGCACUUCGCGGAACAACCAUGGCUCAGUUUCUGCGCCCAAGCAAAGACGGCAGUUACAACGAAGAGGAUUACUUCCUGCUCACAGGUUUGCCCAGUGAAGAAAGGACAGCUCAAGUGCAAAGCGCUGUAGCCCACCCCUCUGAUUUCCUUAAUCUUGAACACCCAGAACAAGAAUCCCUAGAGUACCUUGCUGGCUACGUUGUGGCGCAAGUGAAAAAGACAAACUCGUGUGAGAACUGUCGCGCUGCCAUAACCGGCACAGCUGAGGCCAGCAAGCUCACAGUGCUCAAGGCAUACAA